AUGCCCGCGCAAAAAGAUUGGAGGUCUCAAAACAGGCAUCUCCAAAUCCUGAAGGCCGCUAAGAAAGGCAGAUAUGGAGUAAUGGCCGCGAUUGCAUACAACAUCGAACAAAUCCUUGCAAAUGCUGCAGUCCAGAAAAGCGCCGUGCCGAUUUCGAUUCAUCUCGACCAUGCUCAAGACGAGAACCUGAUCAAACGAGCCGCAAAGCUACCAUUUGACAGCAUCAUGGUGGACAUGUUGCACUACGAAAAGGACGUGAAUCUCGCAAAGACCGCCGAACUAGCCGCUUAUCUCCAGGACCGUGGAAUCGCAACGGAGGCAGAAUCUGGCAGAAUUGAGGGAGGAGAAGAAGGCGUCAUGGACACAGCUGGCUUGGAAUCCGUCAAAACAACUGUUGAAGAGGCUGAGCAGCAGUGA